GAGCCGGGGAGGCGGGAGGCGGGUUCGAGAGCCACCGCCGGCCAUGGGGCGCUGCCGCCGCCGCCGCCGCCCGCCGGAUCCAGGGCCGGGGGCGCCGAGGCAGGCGCGCGGGCCAUGGCGGAGCCUCUGAAGAGAACUUGGUCUCGGCUGCGGGGAAAGCGCGCCCCGCGCGGGGUCGCGCGCCCGGAUCGGGAGCGCGCGCGGCCCGCGGAGCCCCGAGUUCCCCUCGCGUCGCUCGCCCCCGCCAGCCCCGAGGGCGAGGACACGGGCCCCGCCACCCCCUGCGCGCUCUCGCCCCGCGGCUCCGGCUACGGCAGCAGCUUCGGGUCCCCGCUGUCCCGGCGGCCCAGUUCGGGUGGCCGCGUCCUGUUGGUGGAGGAGAGCCCGGACCUGGAGGACGAGGACUACUAUGAGAACCUGCCCGGUCCCGAGGGCGAGGGCCCGGUCGCCCCCGUUGCAGCGUCCGCCGCCUCCUCCUCGGCCGCCGGCUCCUCCCCAGGGGCGGGCGGCGGCCGCCUGGAGACGGGCCGGCUGCGCUCCCAGCUCCAGGAGGCCUAUUAUUUACUCAUCCAGGCCAUGCACGACCUGCAGCAGGUGUCCCCGCCCCAGGCGCCGUGGACUGGGUUAGAGGGGCACCGCCACCCGGCUGCUGCUCCUCCGCCUCCCUCUCCGCCUCCCUCUCCUCCUCCGUCUGCUCCCCCUCUUCUCUCCUCUCCCCCUCCUCUCUUCCCCUCUCUCCCUCCUCCCUCUCCUCCCCUCCCUCCACCUCCUCCCUCUCCUCUCCCACUGAGUCCCCUUCCCCGAAUGCGGUUGCUUUGCGGCCGGAGCCUGGAGAGCUUCCCCAUCUGCGCCCCUUCGCCUCUGCGGAGGUGGUCCAGUGAUAGCGCAGUCCCUUCCAGUGCGCCGUUGGCCACUCCGCCGUCCAGCUGUGCUGGCCGGGACGGAGACGCUCCCGAGCCACGUGGAGGGACGAUGGAUAGCCCAGGACCCGGCUGCGCCUCCCUAGCGGGACCAGCUGGCUGCAUGGGUUUGCUUCCUUCGAAGAGGGGGAACGGGACAGCACUGAUCAGGAACUCUGGCUCCUCGGUGAGCCCUUUCAGCGAUCCAGCGGCGCCCUCUGGGCUACACCGGAGUAAAGGGGACGUCCCCGAGGGUCCCUUCUUCAAACCCCCUGUGGUAACCGUAAAGAAACUGCAGAAGUGGAUGUACAAAGGACGCCUGCUGUCUCUGGGAAUGAAGGGACGCGUUAGUGGUUCGCCGGCCCCCAAAGUUCUAGACACUCAGGCUGCCCCACAGUGCCUUGGAGCAUUGAAAAUGCAAGAAAGCAAAACCCAUCCAGUACCUCCAGACCAAAGAAUUAUGCUGUCAGAUUUAAUUGAAAAUGUUUACAUGUCUUCAAUGAAGAAAAGAGAACUUAAAGGUUUAAAGGACAAUGAAUUGAAUGAACAGAGGUCACAUAAUAGAAUCACAGUUUCUAAGAAACGUAAUUGGCUACAUCAGAGUACUUUAAAGUCUCCUAAUCUGGAAGAAGAGUCUAAGAAGACUCAAGAGGUCACCCAUUUAUUCAAAUCUCCUUCAUUAUCUCAACAUCAUCGACCAAAACCUGUUCAUAAGGCUACAAACUCUUCAACGUCAAGAAAUUAUGCUUUAGAAUUUAGUGAGGAAAAUGAUGCAGAUGAUGAAGGUGAAAUAUGGUACAACCCAAUUCCUGAAGAUGAUGGCCAUAUCUUAUACAGUGUUGCUAGUUCUGGGGAACCCAAUUCUGUUAAUUUGGGGAUUUCUACUCUCACAUUGAAAGUAUCAUCUGGAAACGACUUGGCAAAAACAGUGAGACAUGUUGAAAACUUGCCAUUUUCUCCUGAACAUGUGAAUGUUCAGAUAGCACAACCAACUGAAAUUAAUCAGGUAGAUUCCAUGUAUUCUGCAGAAUUUAUACAGCUGAAGAAGCAGAGAUUUGGUUUUAGGACUCAAGAUAGUUCUCUGGUUGAAGAAAGUCCCCCUUUAAAAUCGAUUACAGGUCCUGGAAUUCCAAUUGCUACAAGUAAGUCUGAAUUAAGUACUUCUGAAUCAUCUCCUCCAAGCCCUAAUCCUGCAAAAAAAGGUGGCUCUAUCAAUUGGUCUUUUCCAGAUAAAAUCAAGUCUCCGAAAACUGUAAGAAAACUUUCCAUGAAAAUGAAAAAGUUGCCAGAACUCAGCCGAAAGCUUAGCGUCAAAGGGACCUUGGGCCAUAUCCACAGUUCACAUGGCCCCUCCUCCCUGUCAAAAUGUAACUGUCCAGGUCGGAGCCACAUAAUCACUUUACCUUCUGGAAAUACCAUCCCUGCUGCCCAAAGAAAUGUGAUAAGCCGGUACCACCUGGACAGCAGUGUCUCUUCUCAGCAUAGCUUCCCAAAGGAGAAUUCUUCAAGUUCUAAAUCUACUUGCAAGGGUGGUUACCUAAGUGAUGGAGACUCCCCUGAACUUAUAAUUAAAUCAGGCAAACGUGGAUCUGAAAACAAACAUUUGAGAGGAAAGGAAGUAUUUCCAAAUAGUAGUAACAAAACUGAAAUCGACAUCGAUGCUUUUAGACAUUACAGCUUUUCUGAUCAGCCCAAGUGUUCACAGUAUCUCUCCGGACUCAUGAGUGUGCAUUUCUAUGGAGCAGAGGAUUUAAAACCACCGAGGAUGGAUUCAAAAGAUGUCUUUUGUGCAAUUCAGGUAGACUCAGUUAACAAAGCAAGGACAGCGCUGCUUACAUGCCGGACAACCUUUCUGGACAUGGACCACACCUUCAACAUAGAAAUUGAAAAUGCGCAGCACUUAAAGUUGGUGGUGUUCAGUUGGGAACCCACGCCGAGGAGAAAUCGCGUAUGUUGUCACGGGACCGUCGUCCUCCCCACGUUAUUCAGAGUGACCAAGACGCACCAACUGGCUGUCAAACUUGAGCCCAGGGGACUUAUUUAUGUGAAAGUGACUCUUAUGGAACAAUGGGAGAAUUCUCUUCCAGGCCUAGAUGCCAAUCAAGAACCAGUAAUAUUUGGGGUAGAUGUUCAAAAAGUGGUGGAAAAGGAAAAUGUAGGAUUGAUGGUGCCCCUGUUGAUGCAGAAAUGUAUUAUGGAAAUCGAAAAGAGAGGCUGUCAGGUAGUAGGCCUAUACCGAUUAUGUGGUUCAGCAGCGGUCAAGAAAGAACUUCGAGAAGCAUUUGAGAAGGAUAGCAAGGCUGUUGGUCUAUGUGAAAACCAAUAUCCAGACAUAAAUGUAAUCACAGGUGUCCUUAAGGAUUAUUUAAGAGAACUCCCUUCUCCUUUGAUAACCAAGCAACUCUAUGAAGCAGUGUUAGAUGCCAUGGCCAAAAAUCCUUUGAAAAUGACUGGAAAUGGUUGUGAGAAUGACCCAAACGACUCUAAGCACACUGUUGAACUUCUGGAUUGUUUGCCUGAUAUUGAAAAGGCAACCUUGAAGAUGCUGUUGGAUCACCUGAAAUUAGUGGCUUCUUAUCAUGAAGUCAAUAAGAUGACUUGUCAGAAUUUAGCAGUGUGUUUUGGGCCUGUAUUGCUGAGUCAAAGACAAGAGACUUCGCCUCAUAACCACAGAGUCUUUACUGAUUCCAAAGAACUUGCCAGUGCUCUGGACUUCAAAAAGCACAUCGAGGUUCUUCAUUACCUUCUCCAGCUGUGGCCAGACAGACCUUCUGGAAAGUGGGAUACUCUGUCACGUUGAAUUUCCCAGCAUGGUACACCAGUUCUCUUGCCCAAGGUGCCACAGGGCACAAAAAUAAUCUUCACUCACUUUAAGUUUUAAAAGUAAUCAGAUUUUGUGCCCUAGGUUAACACAAAUUCAAAUGACUAAGCACUGCUUUUAAUUAAUUAGAAAUUACAUUCUAGGAGAGAAGCAAUUUGCCAUAAUGAAAAGAAUGAGGGAACCAGAGGUGGGAGACUAGGUUGGAAUGCUGGUUCUGUCUGGCCAGUGCCAGACAGGCUGGGUUUUUUUUUUCCCAGAAUCUCAAAAGUUUCCUCCUAUGAAAUGACAGAGUUGGAUUAGAUCAGAGGAUCUUAACCUGAAGUCCUUGAACUCUUUUUUAAAAAGCAUUUAGAUAAUUACAUUUUAGUAUGAUUAGUAUCCUUUGUAGUUCUCUGUAUUUUAUUGUAUGCAUUUAAACACACUAUUCUAGGGGCCAACUUGGGGGCUCAAUGGAGGAAAGCCAAGUCUAGAGAUGGGACGUCCUGGAUUCAAAUUUGCCUCAGACAUUUCCUAGCUGUGUGACCCUGGGAAGUCACUUAACCCCAGCUGCCUAGCUCUUACUGCUCUGCCUUGGAAACAAUACACAGUAUUGAUUCUAAGAAGGAAGAUAAGAGUUUAAAAAAAAUUAUUUUGCCUCCAAAUCACUAUUAAUUAGAUAAAUACAAAUGAAAACAACUCUGAGAUAUCACCUCAUACCUAUCAGACUGGCUUACAUGACAAAAAAGGAAACAGAUAAAUGUUGGAGAGGAGGCAAGUGUAAAGAUUAAAAUUAAUAUCGAAUGCUCUAAGUAUUAUAUUUAAUACUGUUUAUUAAAAUCAACUUAGAGCAAAGGGGAAGUAAAAGCCAGAGAAAGCCAAGCCAGCCGCUCCCUACCUCCACAUGCAUCCAGGUAGAGUGAGCUAAGCUGGGAGUUAACUGGGGAGUACACCCACAUGGCCCACCCAGAAACUGAAACUGAAUACGAAAUUAACGUAAAAUGACGCACAUACAAGAAAAGGAAAAGGGGGAUUGUGGGAAAUGUAGUUUCUAGGAUUCACAUUCUAAAUAACACAUUCCCCUCUGUGAUCCUUUGGGAGACCAGUCUCCCCAGUAGAUCAUGAAAACAUAACUAACUUAUAAAUUGAACUAGGGGUAUAUACAAAUAUUACAGUUUUUAAAGGGAAAUUACAAUAAUUUGGGAAUUAGAGAAAAAUAAAAGAGAACAGGAACAAAAACAAAAAUAGGUGCAUUGACAAAAAAAAUUAGUGGGCAGUCCCCUUUGGCAUGAGUGUACAUUCAAAACAAAAGCAUUUCACACAUACCCCUCCCCCCCAAAGUUCAAAUUCGCCAUAUCUAAAAAUUCACUCUGAAUCUUUUGGUGCAGUGUGCAGUCUCUGUCAGCAUCUUCACGGUGCCUUCUAGAUUCUAGGAAGUAGUCUCUUGUUCUAAAUUAGGCUCAAGUUCAACUCAAAGUUCACAACAACAAAAUAAGUCCCCCUGAGGAAAAUAAUACAUUCCCCCCUGAGGAGAAUACAGGGAUACACAUAGGAAUUACAUAGGGAUACAUGGUUGAAUCAUAAGGCAUAUGAAUCAAGUAUCAAAAACAUCAAGGAAUCUAAAGAAAUUAAAAAAUAACUUCAAUGAAAUAUAGAAUAUAAAAAGAAAAAAAAAUUCUGGGAAGAAGGAAAAAAAGGAAAAAAUUCAUAAAUUACAGUAGGUUCUUGUAGCGAUCCAUGUCCCAUAAGCGUGCAACAACAAUCAUUCACUAACCCAUUUUAGCAGCCUGGACUGCAGUAAGUUGUCCCAUCAUGAGAGAAAAUAAAAAAAGACACUAGAUCUCAGACAAAUGGGAAAUAGAAUUUCCCAAUUCAACCCUUUUCUUUGAUUUUAGGAUGUGAAUUGAACUAUGGGAGGUUGAAAUGGCUUUGUUUUGAAUGUAUACUUUCAUGCCAAAGGGGACUGCCCCAAAUUGACUUUUUGUCAACCUAAUAAUCAUUGGUUUUGCUCUUUUUUCCUUCUAUCCACAAAUUAUUGCAAUUUAUAAGUUAGUUAUGUUUCCAUGGUCCUUUUGGGGAGACUGGUCUCUUAUCAGGCUCACAGAGGGAGUUAUUUUGUAUAAAUGGAGAUUUUAUACCUUUGGACUUCAUUUCCCAGAAGUCCCUAGUAUUUCCCCAAAUUCCCUUUUCCUGCAUCCUCAUGUUGUUUUUUUGUUGUUGCAUGAUUGUAUUUAAGUGGCUGCAACUUCUCCCUUGAUCUCUCUCUUUGACCUGUGACUGGGUUGAGUUGGCAGUUCUUUUGCUUUAGUUAUUAUUAAUAAAACUUUAUAAAAUAUAGUAUUUAGUUAUUGAAUAUUAAUUUUAAAACCCAUGAUGACCAAAGGGCCAUCCCUUUAACCUAGCAAUACCACUACUAGGUCUAUAUCCCAAAGAGACCAAAGAUGGGCGAAAUACAAAAAUACAAAAGAUAGGGAAUAUGAAAUACAAAAAAUAUUUCUAGCAGCUCUUUUUGUGGCAGCAAAGAACUGGAAACUGAAGGGAUGUCCAUCAGUUGGAGAGUGGCUGCCCAAGCUUUGGUAUGUACCUGUAAUGGAAUACUAUUGUGCCAUAAGAAAUGAUGAACAAGAGAAUCACAGAAAAACCUGGAGAGACUUCUAUGAAGUGAUGCAAAGUACAGUGAGCAGAACCAGAAGAACUGUGAACCUUAAAAAUUCUCAGACCCUACUUCAUAAGGUUGGGUUAAGACCAUUCCCCAUUUUAAACAAUGAAGGAACUUAGAUCAGGAAUGUGAAACCUCUACUUAGAUCAGGAAUGUGAGACCUCUACUCCACCCCUACUUAAGCCUGCUUUAGGGGAAGAAAUUCCUUGCUGAACAAUGAAAAAUACUUAAACCCAUACUUAUAGUAAGGCAAAAGUUCUUAAGCUGUGCCUAUUUUUAGAUCUAAUACAAAAGGGUGCUAAAUACCUAUAAAGGUCAGGCAACUUGUGAAUUUACAAGGAGCAAAGAGGUGAGAACUUACUCAGAGGUUUUCUGGUGUGAACUUAAGCAAAAAUUUAAAACCUUCUUAGGUGUGAACUAAGAAUGGUCUGUCCUUUGAAAAACGUCUACUGUGACUGAUAGAUGUAAGAACUUAGGGGAAGGUGACAUAGGAGAAAAUUCGCUUUAAAAGGGAACUCAGAUAGAGCUGGGGACAGUCAGAUUCAGGAUUGAGCUGGUGGAGUCAACUGAGAUGGAGCUGGCCUGGUGUCACUAGAAUCCUUGCUUAGACAAAUCUUGUGGUGAGUGGAUAAAGGACUGACUGAUCUUUCUCUUAGGGCUUGGGCCUGGGUUGGCCAGAGCUGGCCUGGGCCGGCCUAUCCUUUUCUCAUUAUUUCCUUUUUUCUCUCUUUCUCUCUUUCUGUAAUUCCUCAUUUGUAUUAAUUAAAAUCUCUAUAAAACCCAGCUGACUUGGGUAUAUUUAAUAAUUGGGAAUUUUUCCCUGGCGACCACCUUAUAUUUGAUUUAAAACAAGACACUGCCUUGAAACCAUAUUUUCUGUGGUCACAAUUUAAACCAUCCACUCUUGUAUCUGCCCCAAUUUAUGUCUUCCACUAUUUUAAUUAUCACAGGAUGCUGUUCACAGCUAUAUAUAUAUAAGACUCAAUUGCCUUUGUCCCUCUGAUUGGAAGACUAAAGGGUGGGACAAAAACCCCUCCCAAAGCCUCCAUUUUACAUUUAAAGAGGACUCAGAAGCCCAGCCAACUCUUCAUUUCUCACCAGUUGUACCCUUUGGAUUUGACUCCAUUGAGCCUGGUAUUUAUCUGAAUCUCAAGCAUUUAGCAUAAUGCUUGGCACUUAGCAGGCACUAGUGAAUGUUUACUGCAUUGUAUCAUCCAUUUUUUCCUACCCUGGUUGGUUCUCUAUACUCUAGAAGUAUAUGCCUGCUAGAACAAAGACGCUGCUCCUGGGGUUUGAGCCACACUGUGGCUUUAUUUUGAGCUUCCUCUUUUCUUGAUAUAGAGCCCAGGACCUUAAUGGGAAUGUCACCCCUGGGUGCAGGUCCUCUUUUCAGGCCUCCCUGGAUCUAUGACCCAGAACUGGGUAGAUGUUAACACAGCAGUCUACCAGUUGGCAUCUGUUCCCAUCACUGUGCCCUGAUAGGGGUCUGAGACUUCCUCUUGUGCUCUCUCCUUGUAGUGGCACUCAAAUAAGCAAGCAUUUGGCCCAAACUGUCCCUAGUAUGCAUAGAUCUUUCCCUCCAUCUCCUUAUGCUGACCUGGGCAGGAAAAUUACUUUCUGUAACUUUCUUUGGAUUUCCCAUCAGGAUUUGGUCUAGUACAUUUUUCCAAGUCUGUUAGGAAGAAUUUUUGUAGAGGGGAAUUUUAUCUCCUCAUUGUCUUGGCUCCUUCUCCCCUAUGAUAAACUUGUUUCCAUUUCUCUGGUAUAGUCUGUAGUCCUUACUUUGCUUUUUUCCUAGUUACAACUAAGAAUCUAAUGCCACAAAUUUAAUCUUCCAAGUCUGCUCUCCCCCUUCUCUCUCUUGCCUGCUUCUUUUUUGCUUAAUGUAGCGGGGAAAAACAAUAAGCAAAAUCACAUAUUCUGCAUUUUCUUGCACUAUCAGCUCUAAUAAUUGUUUAAACUCAGAUCUCUCCUUUAAUUACAGUCCUCAACACUAAUGUUCGUCAGUUUUAUGAGGCUAUUUUUUAAGUGACUGCAAGAAUGCUUGAAUUACAGGUCUCAAUAUUUCCAUAGAUUACCAUUUAUAAUCAAGUAUCUCCCGUCUGACCAUGCUUAUUGCACCUCCUUCUACUUUAGGCUUUUUCUGAUCCUGUCACAUUGGCCUGCUUGUUGCAUUCACAGUCAAUGUUCCACAGUUCCUGGUUCUGACUGUACUGUCUAGACAAAUAGAAUAUAUCUUCCCUUUAAUAAAUCCCAAAGGAAUUAUCUGCUUUUAUUAGAAAUCCUAGAAAGGAAAAUGGGUUCGAUUUCAUAGAGGAUAGGACUGGUUUCUCCUUCUUCACGAGUGACUGACAAAGGACUGAGAAAUAUUGUCUCUGUUUGGAGGAGAGAUGAGGGAAGAAGAGGCCCUGCACAAAAUUGGUCAGAAGACUAGAUGUUAGAGAAAAAAAGAUUUGUUCCAUAAAUGAUCACUUACCGCUUUC